UUGGAAUGCAAAACCCCAGAAAACAAGACACAGUCGAAACCAAAGGGAGGAGAGGGUAACAACACUUCACCACAAAUCUUCUUCGUCUUCAUUCAACACAGAACACUCUCUUCCUCUCAACUUUUUUCAGAGCAAUGCCUUCUGAAGAUUCCAAACCCGUGAAAAUAGAAGAAGAAAACAACGACGAAGACAAAAUUUCUAGUUACAAAAAGGUCGCAAACUCCAACGCUAAACCUCAAUCCAAGGUUUCAAAACUCAAGAGAGGUCUCAAACAAGAACCAGAACCAAUUCCUCAUGCUACUACUUCAGCUUCUCGAUCCAAAGUUAAGAAUGAAGUCAAUGACGAUGAUGAAGACGACGACGAUGAAAAACCUAUCUCCAAAAGGAUCCCCAAAACCUCCAAAGUUAAGAAUGAAGUCAAUGAGGAUGAUUACGAUGAAGACGACGACGAUGUGAAACCUAUCUCCAAAAAGAUCCCCAAAACCAAGGUGGUGAAGGAAGUGAAGAAGGUGAUAAAGAAGGUUAAGAAGGAAGAAAAAGUGGUUGUUACAGAGGAAACGAAGAAGAUAAAGAGAGAAAGGAAGGUUUAUGAUUUACCUGGCCAGAAACGAGAUCCACCUGAAGAGAGAGACCCUCUUAGGAUUUUCUAUGAGUCUUUACAUGAACAAAUUCCCACUAGUGAAAUGGCACAAAUUUGGUUGAUGGAAUCAGGCUUGCUUCCUAGAGAGGUGGCAAAGAAAGUAUUUGAGAAGAAGCAAAAGAAAGGUAUGCAGGCGAAGAUCACUUCUCCUGUUAAGGCUGGAACUACUGUGAAGCAAAGCACCAAAUCUGUUACAGUUAAGAAAGAAAGCUCAACUACCCCCAAUUCUUCUGCUAAAAAGAAGACAACGAACUCCACAUCGAAGCCGACCAAGAAGCGGAAAUUUGAGAGUACAAGCUCUGAGGAUGAUGACUCUGAUUUUAUUGGUUCAGCAAAAACAAAAAAGAGAAAAGUGGCUUAACUAUGACAAAUGUUUUGAAUUUUUUUCUCACCUGGCAUUUGUUGCUGCUGACACAACUUGUAAUGGGCACAUGAUGUUAUUAAACUUUCAAAUGUUUAGAGUUUAGUUUUCAGCUGUGUGUUUGUGUAGCCUGCUGUAGACCUUUAAUUCGGCAAUUAUGCAAACAAUACACCCUAAUAUUUGAAGA